CAUGGUGGGGAAGCUGCCCCGUGGGUGUGGGGGACGGCAGCCAGGGCUCUGGUCAGUCGUCUCCGGUCUGCCUAGCAGGAAGGAGAAGUGGCCCGACCCCUUGGCAGUCCCUCCCCUCAGCCUUCCCCACAUUACUUCCCUGGGGCUCCGGUCCCUCACUUGCUCAGCUCCGUCUCCGACAGCGCGAGGCCUCCAGACGGGGGAUUGCACCGUCCUCCCCUCCCAGCAAGGGGGCUCCAGAGACUGCCCCAGCCAGGAAGUCUGGUGGCCUGGGGAUUCGGUGGGUCUGCUCCUCAGCACUGGCCUGGGGCUCUGUGUGACAGCCCCCUUGGUAAUGUCCAGGGCUCCAGGAAGAGAUGUCCUUGUGGCUGGAGGCACCUGUGCCUGAUGCUUCUCCUGACUCUGCAGUGCAGCUGUGGGAGCCAGAUACGCAAGAUGCCGGCAGCCAGGCACUGGGAGGCAACGCGUGCAUCUUCAGGGAGGAAGCCAGCACUCUCCAAUCUGUGGGGGGCUCUCUGGGGGCAGGGCCAGAGGCAGCAGAGCCCACAGUCCUGCUCCCUGCGGUGGAUCCCCCUCCGGAGUCUACAGAGCUCCGUCCACAAAAGCGGAAAAAGGGGCCAGCCCCCAAAAUGCUGGGGAACGAGCUGUGCAGUGUGUGUGGAGACAAGGCCUCCGGGUUCCACUACAACGUGCUGAGCUGUGAGGGCUGCAAGGGAUUCUUCCGCCGCAGUGUCAUCAAAGGGGCGCGCUAUGUCUGCCACAGUGGGGGCCACUGCCCCAUGGACACCUACAUGCGUCGCAAGUGCCAGGAGUGUCGUCUUCGAAAAUGCCGCCAGGCCGGCAUGCGGGAGGAGUGUGUCUUGUCAGAAGAGCAGAUCCGCCUGAAGAAACUGAAGCGGCAAGAGGAGGAACAGGCUCAGGCCACGUCCGUGACCCCCAGGGUGUCCUCACCUCCCCAAGUCCUGCCCCAGCUCAGCCCUGAGCAGUGGGGCAUGAUUGAGAAGCUGGUGGCUGCCCAGCAGCAGUGUAACAGACGCUCGUUCUCUGACCGGCUUCGGGUCACGCCUUGGCCCGUGGCCCCAGAUCCCCAGAGCCGGGAGGCCCGUCAGCAGCGCUUUGCCCACUUCACCGAGCUCGCCAUCGUCUCCGUGCAGGAGAUCGUUGAUUUUGCCAAACAGCUGCCUGGCUUCCUGCAGCUCAGCCGGGAGGACCAGAUCGCCCUGCUGAAGACCUCUGCGAUCGAGGUGAUGCUUCUGGAGACAUCUCGGAGGUACAACCCUGGCAGUGAGAGUAUCACCUUCCUCAAGGAUUUCAGUUAUAACCGGGAAGACUUUGCCAAAGCGGGGUUGCAGGUGGAGUUCAUCAACCCCAUCUUCGAGUUCUCCAGAGCCAUGAAUGAGCUGCAGCUUAACGACGCCGAGUUUGCUUUGCUCAUUGCCAUCAGCAUCUUCUCUGCAGACCGGCCCAACGUGCAGGACCAGCUCCAGGUAGAGAAGCUGCAACACACAUAUGUGGAGGCCCUGCAUGCCUACGUCUCCAUCCACCACCCCCAUGACCGACUGAUGUUCCCACGGAUGCUAAUGAAACUGGUGAGCCUCCGGACACUGAGUAGUGUCCAUUCAGAGCAAGUGUUUGCACUGCGCCUGCAGGACAAAAAACUUCCCCCGCUGCUCUCUGAGAUCUGGGAUGUGCACGAAUGACGGCUCUUCCCCACCCCUCAAUAUCUUCUGUUUUCUGGGCUGGAAGACUGAGGGGCCCGGCUGCUUCCUAGAGGUGAAGCGGACUGAGAAGGGCAAACAUUCCUGGGAGCUGGGCAAAGGAGAUCCUCGUGUGGCAUUAAAGGAGAGUCAAAGGGCUGGGAGUUUGUGGCUGCUGGGCAGUGGAGGGUCCCACUAAAACUGUGCUCCAUUUGAAGACUGUACUGCCCCAACCAAAUGGAGGGACCUGGGGGCCAAUUUGCACAAGGUUCUCCAGGGCCCUGCCCGUCCUGCCUCCACCACUUCCUGUUUUCCCCACAGGGCCCCGAGAGAAAUUCUCCACUGUCACUCUGCGGCUUGGCCAUAAAUGCCUCGGGGCUGCCUCACUGAUAA